UUACACCGUGAACAAAUGAGGUUGCAGCUGGGAUCUCGUCGGAGGCGCCUCUCUCCCCACCGCGCACUCAUCGCCACCGCAGCUUUCACUGUCGUCGGACUAUUGAUCCUAACUUUGAGGUCCGUCGAUCCGUCCACUCAGCUUCCAAUCACCACCUCUGAAAACGUGAAUGCUAAGCCAGCAGAUACAAAUUUCCACUCGAACCACUCCGAUGCUCAACCACUAAAAACAUGCGCAACCGUGGAGGAGAUGGGCGAGGUGUUUAGCCGCGGGUUUUCGGAGGAAAGUUACAGAGUGAGGAAAAUUAUCGAAAGUCACUUUGCUAUAAAUGGUGCUUCGAGAGUUCGAGCUCUUUCGCCGGAGGAGUUCUGCAGACAUGGUUUUGUGUUAGGCAAAGCAUCAGAAGCGGGUUUUGGUAAUGAGAUGUACAAAAUCUUAACUGCCGGAGCACUGAGCGUGAUGUUGAACCGGUCGUUGAUAAUUGGGCAAUCCAGGGGUAGAUUUCCUUUUGAGGAUUUCAUCUCUUACUCCAAUCUUACCUUCACAUUGAAAGAAAUCAAGCACCUUUGGAGACAAAAUGGUUGUCUGACCAAAUAUGGGAGGCAUCUUGUUAUCAGAAUUGAUGAUUUCCAGAAGCCAGCACGAACUAAUGUUCUGUGUAGCAAUUGGAGGGUCUGGGAACAACCUAUUAUCUGGUUCCAGAAUACAACAGAUGCUGUGGCUGCUCAAUUUUUCUUGAAGAAUGUACAUGAUGAGAUGAGGAUAGCAGCUUCUAAUUUAUUCGGGAAAUCAGAUGACCUUCAACAUAGGCCUAACGUUUUUGGGGAGCUAAUGAGACUUCUCAUAUUUCCGUCCGAGAAUAUUCAACAUGCUGUGAACUGGGCAUUGAAAGGUGGUGCUGACCCUGAUAUUGCUCUACACAUGCGGAUGCUUAUGAAUAGGUCCAUUAGAGCAGUUCAAGCAGCCUUCUCUUGCAUCAGAAAAUCUGUGGAAAAUCUAAAAUUGAUGUCCAAGCCCAGAAUAAUUUUGGUUUCAGAUAAUCCUUCUCUAGUCAAAGAUAUUGCUCCAGAUUUGAAUCAGUUUGCAGAAGUCCUUCACUUUGAUUUCAAACACUUCAAAGGAAAUAUAUCUGGCAACUCAAAUUUUCAUACUCUAGAUUUUAGAACAAAGGAUUGGGGUACAGCGCCAAGAUGGGUGGCAUUUGUGGAUUUCUUUCUUGCUUCACGUGCAAAACAUGCGGUUAUCUCUGGGGCUCACCGGCGUGUUGGGACCACAUUUGCUCAGCUGGUUGCAGCGUUGGCUGCAGCUAACAGCCUCGAAGAAGAUAGAUCCUCUGCUGGAUCAAACUUCACCUUCCUCAGUAGCUUCCAGAGUAACUUGCUUAGAGAAGGUCUGAAGAAUCAGAUUGGUUGGGGGCACGUGUGGAACCGAUUUGCUGGUACGUUAAGCUGCCACAACCAAUCAAAGCAAUGUGCUCGUACUCCAAUUCUUCCGCCUGCAUGGUGGGAUGGACUUUGGCAGUCACCUAUUCCACGGGAUGUGAACAGAAUGGAAGCAUAUGGCAUUCAUCUUUCUGGUUUUGGGACAUUUGAUGACAAUCAGCUACACUCUUUCUGCAGUUCGAGGAAAAAACCCGUGCUGACCAUUCCAUUAAUAUAGAUAUACGCUGCUAGCUACAUUCAUUGGGAGAUAUCUCCUAGUUAGGCUGAUUUUGUAUUGGCAUUCAGCUAUUGUUUUCAAUCGAUUUGCACUUAUUGAGCUGAUAAUUCGUCGAAUGCAUGGUGUAAUGUUGUUGUAUUUCUAAA